AUGGGACAGUGCGUUCAAUGUUUGAAAAUUUACAUCUUUCCAUCAAAAGAACGAUUAUUGGAUUAUUCAGAGCCCAAGAACUUUUCCUUUGAAGCAAACAAGCUUUCAAAAGCAGCAUCUAACGGAGAUAUUGAAACUGUUCAAAAUCUAGUCGUCGAAGUAACGACCAUUUCCAUUAAUGAAAAAGAUGAAUUUGGAUGUACAGCGCUUUAUAGAGCGGUCGAGAACAAUCACUUACCAGUGGCUAGACUUUUACUCGAAUUGAAUGCAAAUCCUAAUGAACCUACCAGAGCUGGAAAAACAUGUCUACAUGCAGCUGCUGAGAAUGGCAAUACAGAAAUGUGCUUUCUUCUUCUCAAUAAUGGAGCUUCAAUGAACGCAACUCUUCCUUCCUCGAGCUGGACUCCUCUCCAUUUGGCCAUUCAGAAAAAUCAAUUCCAAGUGUGUGAAUUAUUGCUGCAACAAGGAGCUCUCCAAACUCAAUCUCCCCUUCUCUCUCAUAACACACCACACAAUGAAAAUACUAAUUCUUCUCACUCCUCUCAUCAUCACCAACUUGGGAUUUUACACAAUUUGCAUCUACCAAGACUGUCGCAUGCCAGAACAUUGAGCAAUGGAUCGAGUGCUAGCGAAAACUCGAGUGUUAGUGCCUCUCCCAUGCUUCAUAAUGGCCAAAAUUCUGCAUCCUUGACCGUGGGUCCAAUGAGCUCGCCCAUGAUAUUGGCAUGCUCAUUAGGAUUGACAGAUAUUGUUUCACUUUUAUUGAAAUAUGGAGCGAAUAUGUUUGAGAAAGAUCUUGUCACAGGAAUGAAUGGCUUAAUGGUUGCUGCUGAAACUGGGCAUGAUGAAACAGUUUUCUAUAUUUUGGCAAAUACAAAUUUAACACCAUCAGAACAGGAAAGAUUUGUGAAUGAGCAAUGCGAGUUGUCACAUCAUUGGUCGAGUUUACAUUUUGCGACUUCAAAAGGACAAGCCUCAGUUUUGCAAGUUCUUUUGCAAUAUGGAGCAAAUAUUAAUUUAAGAGAUAGUACUGGUAAAACGGCACUACAUUAUGCUUCACUUCGAGGCUAUCCAGAAUGUGUAAGAAUUCUCAUUGAGUUUGGAGCUGACGUUACAAUUAAAGACGACGAUGAUAAGGUUGCUCUCGAUCUCGCUACUGAGACUCUUCAAUAUCAUCACAUUCAAAUCCAAUUCAAAAGAUCCCUCAAAAAGAGACAAGAAAUGCUGAAGGCAGCAAUGUACAAUCGUGAAUAUAGUAGUACUUCGAGUUUUACAAUUCCAAUCAUUACAGUGGAUUCUAAUAUUACAAGCUCUCCAGUCAAGAAUAAUAGCCCUAACUUUAAGAUUUAUCGAUGA